UGAUGAAGUAUCCCCUGACACACAAAAAUUUUAUUUAAAUUGUUGGUCAGUGAUUAAUUUUUGAAAAAAUUCCUGUGAGACAAGUUCAUUCAGAGGAAAGCAACUGUGUUCAGUUCAAGGACGUAACAGCUGAGAUGGCACCUUUGUUGUUUAAAGAUGCUUUCUGGAGUACUGAUUUUACUUCUCACACCGGGUAUAACACUGUGAUCCAAAGGUUACGAGAUGGAAGGCAAAUGUGCAAAGAUGUGGAGGAGCUUCUAAAGAUGAGGGCACUAGCAGAGGAGAAGUAUGGGAAGGAACUGCUGACUAUUGCUCGCAAAGCUGGAGGACACACAGAGAUUAGCACCUUGAGAGCUUCCUUCAACCAAUUAAAAGCACAAAUUGAGAACGUUGGGAACUUUCACAUCCAACUCUCAGAUAAAUUGAAAGAGGAGGUGAAAAAGAUUGAGACAUUCCGAGAACAUCAGAGAGAUCAGAGGAAGAAGUUUGAAAGCAUCAUGGAGAAGGUUCAGAAGAAAAAGGUUUCCCUGUUCAAGAAAACCAUGGAGUCUAAGAAGAACUAUGAGCUGAAAUGCAAGGAGGCUGAUGAGGCAGAACAGGGGGCUGAGAAGGCCACCAUAGCAUCCAAAAACUCUGAAAAGAUACAGCACAGGGCCAAGCAAAGCAGACAGACAGCCAAUGAAGCAGAGAAGCUGUACUAUUUCAACGUUGUUCAGCUAGAGAGUGUUCGCCAGGACUGGGAAGAAACACACAAAAGCACAUGUGAGGUGUUCCAGCAACUGGAGGGAGAUCGUAUCGGCAUGCUCAGGUGUGUUCUCUGGGACCACUGCAAUCAUUUCUCCAUGCAGUGUGUCCGAGAUGAUGAGUUUUAUGAGGACGUGAGGAGGCUUCUGGAGCAGUGUGACAUCUCGACAGACAACAACUGCUUCAUAGAGAUGAAACGCACAGGAUCGAGGCCUCCAGAGCCCAUAGUCUUUGAGAGCUUCUACAAGACAGAUGUGUCCAGAGACAGCAAUGGCCAGGCUGUUUUCGCAGGAGGAGAAAACAUGAGGUGCUCUGAUUCCCUUCUCAAUGGCUCUGGGAACAUCAGCAUCGACACUCCUGAAAACUCACGAUCAGCACUGACAUCUGCUGGUGAUUUUGAGAUUUCGGAUGGAGGAUAUGCACCCGUACCAGUCCUUCAGCAAGACACAUCACUGGCCACAUUUACAGCUGAUGAAGACAGCUACAUUGUGCUUUAUACAUAUGCUGCACAGGAAGGGGAUGAACUGCCUGUGAGCAGAGGGGAUGUGGUCCGAGUGUUGCAACGAGAAGAAGAUGGCUGGUGGCUAGUGGAGAGGAAUGGGCUGACUGGACUGGUACCAGGAAACUAUCUGGGCAAAAUCUGAGCACACACAAAAAUAAGAAAAUACACACAAAUGCACACAAACAUGUGACAAAACACACACAGCCUCACACCAAACCCAUGCAUGUGCAUAUGCUUAAAUGAACACAUACUGUACCACAUCACCUAUAGAUUCACAUACAUACACUUUGUUUUUGCCAGGCUUUCUAGGUAAGUGCUCUUCACAGUCUCAGCUGAUGUCCGCACUGAUUUCUGAACCUGCACUGAAAAUCAAGCAUCAUUUAGUGGGUAGUUGGUUUUUGAAAUGUGCAGGGGGAUAAUUAUUUAUUAAUAGUGAAUUAGUCAUACAGUUUGUUGUUUGUAGUUGUAGUGAGAUUGUAACCCUGCUACCUCGUGUGUUGUACGGCUGGGAUUCUUGUACCUAGUGUCAUUGGACUGAAUAAUUAUGGCUUCAAAUGACAUUUCUCUAUGAAUGUUAUAUUUUCUCUUUUUAAGAUUAUAUUUUUGGCAUUUUGCCUUUGAUUUGAGUAUGAUUCAGUGUGAGUAAACAACCAAGGAAAAGUUUCAGUUGCUAAUAUUACUACAGCUAGUUAUAUACCAGUGCAAGCGAGGCUCUGCAUGGCAUUAUUUAUGGUAUUUCUCUAACAAUCUGAACUCUCAUCAGUUAUCAUCAGAUCACCAUGCAUGUUUCUGUACUUUACAUAGCACUGACAGAAAUAAGGGAUGAAUUAAUUUAUCUUCGAUAGGUAAGACACUAGAUGCCAUUGCAUUUGAUGUGAUAAAUUUUGAGUUACUUUUAGAGUUAGAGGACAUGGUGGCCAUUUUUUAGAUGAGCAUGUAUCUCUUGAAGAGAUAUAUCAUACAUCCUAACAGUGUCUGCAGCUAUUUUUUUUUAUUUUUGCGUGUGUGUUUGUGAGCUGGGGAAGAUAGAGGGUCAUGUACUCCAUGUAAUUAUAUGUCUGCUGUCUAUAAAGUAUUUUCUGUGAUCGAUGGGAAGAUCAUCAGUUACCAUGGAGAUCAAAAUACAAAAAAUAGUUUUUAUAACUUAGGAAACUGUAUGACUAUCUGUAAAAUGAUGGCACAGCUAUUUCUUUAAGUUCAUAUUUUUCUUGUGACUGAUGAAAUAUCAAAUCAUUACCUGUGUGUAAGGUUUAACUGGUAACAUAUUUAAUUUUAUAUCAAACCAUGUGGAUCAAAUGUCAAUUAAAC